GGGCAACUCUGUCCAACCAGAGUCAUUGAGCUCCCUACACGCUGGAUGGAAGCUUUUCUUUCCUCCCCAGCAUGUCAUUCCCUGCACAAGAGGAGAAGUUCAAAUAAGGCUGCUGAGCUGUUCCUGGACUUUAUCCUUCACGUUAUGGAUGGGAGACAUUAGACCCGUGUGGGGGGCAAUGCUGCCAGAGGAGGGUCCCGUUCUGCACCAUCAGCUCUUCUUCUGCCCAUGACCUGGAAAUGCCCAACGGGGAUCAGUAGUGCCCAGCAGUGCCAGUCUCACCAUCGGGAUUACACACAUUUACAGGCAACGUUUGGGUUAAAGAGUCUCCAGUAAACACAGAUCAGAAGGAGAUGGAGAAGCAGAAGAGCUGCCAUUGACUCCGAGUCCGAGAGGAGACGGGCCCAAACCACAAGACAAUGGUACCCCUAAGGAUCUGUAUUUUGCUCCUCUUCGUGGCAUUAAGGGGCUCACAUGGGGGCAACACCCAGGAAUUCCAGAGCAGUGAAGGGUCGGAGCAGGAGUUUAUUUACAUGAACAGAGAGAGGCGAGCGGUGCCGGAGUCACAUGACAAGUGCACCUACACGUUUAUUGUGCCCCAGCAGAAGGUGACGGGGGCCAUUUGUGUGAACUCCAAGGAUCAGGAGCCGGGGUAUGAAACGCGUCUGCACAAGCAGGAGAUAGAGCUGCUGAAUAGUGAGCUCCUCAAGCAGAAGCGGCAGAUCGAGGCCCUGCAGCAGAUGGUGGAGGUGGACGGCGGAAUCGUCAACGAGGUGAAACUGCUGCGGAAGGAGAGUCGGAACAUGAACUCGCGGGUGACCCAGUUGUACAUGCAGCUGCUGCACGAGAUCAUCCGCAAGAGGGACAAUGCCUUGGAACUGUCUCAGCUGGAGAACAAGGUCCUUAACCAGACGGCCGAGAUGCUGCAACUCACCAACAAGUACAAAGACCUGGAGCACAAGUACCAGCACUUGGCCUCGCUCGCCAGCAACCAGUCCAUCGUUAUCUCCCAGCUGGAGGAACACUGCAGAAAGGUGCCCCCGACCCAAACUAAGCCCCUCCCACAGCCCCCACAGCAGCCAAACAAGGUUUAUAACCCCCCCAACUACAACCGCAUCAUCAACCAAAUAUCAACCAAUGAGAUUCAAGGAGAUCAGAAUUUAAAGGUCUUGCCACCUCCUUUGCCCACCAUGCCUCUAUUCACCAGCAACUCCAAUUCCACAGACAAGCCCUCUGGACCAUGGAAAGACUGUCUGCAGGCAAUGGAAGAUGGACAUGACACCAGCAGUAUAUACUUAGUGAAGCCUGAAAAUACCAACAGACUCAUGCAGGUGUGGUGUGACCAGCGGCAUGACCCUGGCGGCUGGACCGUCAUUCAGAGACGUUUGGAUGGAUCCGUCAACUUCUUCAGGAACUGGGAGACUUACAAGCUUGGAUUCGGCAACAUCGAUGGCGAAUAUUGGCUGGGCCUUGAAAAUAUCUACUGGUUGACGAACCAAGACAACUACAAACUGCUGAUCACCAUGGAGGACUGGUCAGGCCGCAAAAUGUUUGCUGAAUAUGCCAGUUUCCGCCUGGAGCCGGAGAGCGAAUACUACAAGCUUCGGUUGGGUCGUUACCACGGCAAUGCCGGGGACUCUUUCACCUGGCACAAUGGCAAACAGUUCACUACACUGGACAGGGACCACGACGUGUAUUCAGGUAACUGUGCUCACUACCAGAAGGGUGGCUGGUGGUACAAUGCUUGUGCACACUCUAACCUCAACGGGGUCUGGUACAGAGGAGGGCACUACCGUAGCCGGUACCAAGAUGGAGUUUACUGGGCCGAAUUUAGAGGCGGGUCGUACUCAUUAAAGAAAGUCGUCAUGAUGAUCAGGCCCAACCCCAACACUUUCCACUAGUCACCAAAUCAUCUAAAUGAAGUUCCCUUUCAGGUAGUGGCAUCCAAAAAGGGACACAAAGACUUUUCUCCUGUGACAGGCUACAGAAACUUUGACUGUCCACAAUACCUGUACUGUAACGUGCUGUAUAUUUUUUUGUCAAUCCGUUUCUGACCUCUCCUCAUACACAAGCUAUUCCUGCAAGGGAGCAUACCAACACACACCAGAAACCUAUCACCCUCUUAGUUUACAAAACAACCCCUUUUCCACCCAAUUCUCUGAGGUUUCCUCCACCCACACCCGACUAUAAAUAGCUUUCGUUGGUGCGUACGUAGGGCAUAGCUUGUAAUAAUCCAAAGCACCAUGUACUGUAACUCUAUUAUCUCAACGACGCAGGAGAGGACAUCCGAUGAAGUCUUGUAGCAAUAAAUUAGGUGUUAGUAAACCAUUUCUUAUUAGUUCCUUAUAACAUUUUGUACUCAAUCAACUCUACAAGUUCCUCCUUUUGAUUUUCACCCCAGCGGCACCCCUUCCAUGGGAAGGUCCUGUUAGAACUAUCGGCACUUAGACAUGCUCCAGUACCCACCACACUUCCAGCCUUCUUUCCCUCUCAAUGUACUGUAUCCGUAUGCUACUCUACUUACUUACGUGACUUCUUCUAUCCAUGUAUUUGAUCAGGGAAGGACACAUUAUGCUUUAAAGCACACAAAUCUACCUGUACAGUAUUUAGAGAUAUGUGUAAAUAUAUAUUUUUACAGAACAGACAAAAGAAAUACACAACAUACAUCAUGUACCUAUAAAUAUUAUCUCUGCUUUUAACCUUUUCUUAUUUCAUGGCAAGGUUCAUGGCCAUCUACGAAGGAUUCUAUCGCUGGAGUAAUAAAAGGCUAUCCUCCUUUGCAGGCAAAUGAUGGGUGCCAAAUAAUAUUUAAAUUGUUUGUGAGUAAAAUAUGAAUGGUAAUAGAAGGCACUGUUCUCUUUACAAAAAGAAAACACCAAAUCAAAUGAGAGUCAUCUUGUUAAAGGUCAACAACCUAAACAAGCAAGUGGUCACCCUUGUUUAGUGCCACCAUUUAGUCUUAUGAGAACUUUGGUACAUAGCUUUCCUAGUCCACCCCUCCAAAAAACAUCAGAUUAUCGUGGAAUAAAAACCCAAGGAGCCCAAUGAAGUAAAAUGUUCAUCUCUUUUGUUAAUUCAAGGUGUAUAUUAUAUUUUUGAUAAUUUCCAGUACAUUAUGAGGUACAAAAUUACAAUUAAAAUGUAAAAAAAAAACAAGAAAAAAAAAAAACAGCUUUAUUAUGCAAUUCUGGAACAUUUAACACUGCUAAUGAUUAUUUCCCCCCCUGUGCUUGAAGUGGCUGACUCUGAAACAGCUGGAAUAACAUAGUUUUGAGGGACCAAAAGCAAAUUGUUGGUAUGUAGCCAGGAGCUGAGUGUAAACCAUUCGAAACUGGGAAUAAAAUGAAUCAUCAUUUUUCACUAA